AUGGACCGCCUGAAAGCGAAACGUGCUGCUAGGCGAACCCAGUCAACGAAAGUAAUGAAUGAGGCGACGACGUUGUUGGAGAGUGACUGCAACGACCGAACGGCGUUAAGCAAGGUUAUCGACAAGCUCGUCGCAAGCCGUGACGAACUUCGGAAGAUCAAUGCCGAGCUCGAGGAAGUGAUUCCGGUAGAGGAACUUGAGAGGGAGUACGAGUCUGCGGCGAAUUAUGACGACCAGGCACUCGAGACCCUGACGCGCCUACGGUGCCGGCUUGAAGAUCUGAGCCUCGGUAACACGCGACAGACUUCUCCUUCGACGACGCUCAACACGCCGCCUGCCCCAACGACAGCUGCAUCCCAGAGCUUCGGACCUCGCCUUCCAACGCUAACCAUUAAGCCGUUUCAUGGGGACUUGUGUCAAUGGACGUCGUUUUGGGAGAGAUUCAACGGAGCUGUCCACACGAAUCCCACUCUGAGCACGACGGAUAAAUUUCAUUACCUACACAACUAUUUGGUGGGUGAAGCAGCAGCUGCAAUUGCCGGACUACCAACCACGGAAGCGUGUUAUGAAAGUGCUAUCCAGCUGCUGAAGCAGAGGUUCGGGGACAAGAGCAGGAUCGUACAGCAGCACUUCAGAGCGCUUCGUGAACUGCAGCCCGUGACCUCUCCAUCGGAUACAAGGGAGUUGCGAAGGCUUUACGACGCAGUCCAGCUUAAUGUCCGCUGCCUCAACGUCCUAGACGUCCCAACUAGUAGUUUUUCGGCGAUGCUCUACGACGUUAUGCUUCACUCUUUGCCACAAGAAAUCAUCGUGGCGUUCCACCGCCAUAGACGUCUCCAGGAUGAAGCACAAGGCACGGGACGCGCUGCUUCAGGAGAGACAGCCACAACGUCUUGCGAAAAACUUGAGCAGCUCUUGCGGUAUACACAGAUAGAGCUCGAAACAAGAGAGCAAUGUGCUCCAUCGACGUCCUCUACCAAGGGCAGCGGGAACAACAGAAAGCAUGUGCCGUCAUCAUCGGUCCUACAUGCAUCCGAAGAAUCAAAGCAAGUACGGAACGAAUGUUUCUUUUGCAAGUCUAAGAGGCAUGAAACCGAAGCAUGCAGCGCUACCUUCACCAUAUCAGAGAAAAAAGACCGGCUGGCUAAAUUUAUGCGGUGCUAUCGAUGUACUAUGAAGGGCCACCGCGCAAACGAGUGCCGGCGGAGGUUGGUGUGCGUGACAUGCAAAGGCAGGCAUGCUACAACGAUGUGCGACCCAGUUUAUCGUGCGACAAGAGGCGAAAAGUCGCCCAACAUGGUCUCUGCUGCUACUAAGCCAAUAAAAGAAGAGUCACCGCGGUCGACUGCCGUUACAAGCUGUCAACUUGACGAAGCCGUCAACUUACAGACUUUCCGUUCUUGGAUUGUCGGUUUCAACGAGACGUCUUAUGUCAGAGGCAUCAUCGACGGAGGCAGUCAACGCACGUUCAUUAAGGAAGACCUGGUGACACGGUUGGGACUAAAAAUCCUUAGAGAGACUUGCCUUGCGGUGAACACGUUUGCAUCAGACGCUCCUUCUCGUGUGAGAAAGUGCAAUGUCGUCGAGGUUCGCCUACGUAGCCAGUUUGAUUACAACGAGCACGUCAUCGAAGCCAUCGCCAUGCCAGUAAUUUGCCACGACAUCCCUGCCACGGCUAUGGAAUGCUCCUUCGCAGCCAAAUUGCGAGAGCAAAAUUAUCGGCUGGCAGACGAGCAAACUGUGCCUAGACAGUGUGGCGAAAAAGGAAUUAGCCUGCUCAUAGGAUCUGAUCAACUGUGGAAGAUCGUGAGCGGCGACAUCAUACGCAGCACGGAAGUACAAGGAUUGGUAGCGGUCAAGACCACUCUCGGAUGGACGCUCCAAGGUCCUGUCACAAAAACGAGCUUCAUAAGCGGAACAUCCGAGGUGAUGAUCUGCGUCCUGCGAGUCCAAGCUGAAGGAACUAAAGGAUUGGAGCAAAACAUACUGGAGUCAUUUUGGACGUUAGAUGCCAUGGGAAUUGCACCAACGGAAGCAACUCACGGGUGCUCAGACACCUUGUCUGUUUUCGAAAGUAAGAUGACAAAGAUUGGAAAAAGGUACCAAGUAGCCGUGCCACGUAAACACCCGGAUAUCGAGAUGCUACAAGACAACUACAGCGUCGCACUUACCCGACUACGAAAUCUGGUUAAACGUAUCUCGAAGUCAGGAGGAUUGCUGGAGAGAUAUGAUACAGCGAUUCGUCAGUACAUUGUUUCCGGCCACGCUGAAGUUGUACUUGACAACGAAUCAAUAGAUGGCCCUGUGUACUACAUGCCACACAGGGAGGUCAUUCGAGAGGACUCACUCACCACCAAGCUCCGCGUGGUCUUUGAUGCGUCGUCUCACGCCAAAGGAGAGAAAUCUCUGAACAGUUGCCUUGAAACUGGACCGAACCUAAACCCGGACCUACUUCAGGUUCUCCUCCGUUUCAGAUGGUAUUUAGUACCAAUGACAGCAGACAUCGAGAAGGCGUUCUUGCAAGUCGAGAUAAGAAAAGAGGACCGUGACCUGUUCAGGUUUAUGUGGUUUGACAAAAGACCUGAUGUCCCUUUCAAGGAAGAAGAAGUACAGAUUUGGCGAAUGACCAGAGUACCUUUUGGAUCUACAGCUAGCUCAUUCAUGCUUACGGCUACUAUCCAGCAUCACUUGAAGAGACAAGUCCAUCCCGAAAAAAAGGCAGUAGCACAGCUACUUCUGAAGUCAUUUUACGUGGAUGACCUCUUAUUCGGAGCGAAUGACAUAGAGGAAGCAGCAACUCUUUACAAGUACACGAAAGAACUGAUGGAUGGUGCUGGCAUGCCUUUAAAGAAAUGGAGCUCAAGCUGCAGAGAACUGGAACAGCUGUUCGACUCCAACGAUGCGCUUACCCAGGAUAGCGCUGGACAUCAAGCAAAAGUUCUAGGAAUGGGUUGGUCCAAAGAAACAGACACCUUUAUCUACAACCCGGAGAACAUCCUGACUUUCUUGGAGAAGGCAAAGGACACUAAGCGUUUUGUACUCCAAACCGUGUCGAGGAUCUACGACCCAUUAGGCUUUCUUGCACCGUACGUGGUACGAGGGAAGAUGCUGUUUCAGCAGUUAUGGAUUUCAAAAGUCGACUGGGAUGAUGAUCUUCCCGAUCACAUUAGGGCAAAAUGGCACGACUGGAGAAACCAGCUUAUUCAGCUUCCGAAAGUCAACGUUCCCCGGAACCUCAGGAGUGGAGUUGCAGCACCACGUGACAAUCAGCUACACGUAUUCGUCGACGCAAGCACAAAAGCGUAUGGAGCUUGUGCAUAUCUUCGUGUAGAAGAUGUGAAUGGAAAUGUAACGAGCACUCUGAUUACAGCCAAGUCAAGGAUAGCCCCAUUGAAAGCUCUAUCAUUGCCAAGACUAGAGCUAAUGGGUGCGUUAACUGGAAGCCGACUGUUAAAAUAUAUAGUGAAAACAUGCGGCGAUCUCAUGCCCAGAGCGCAAUGUUUUCUCUGGACUGACUCAACCAUAGUGCUUGGCUGGUUACAGCGAGAGACUUCGACUUUAGACGUAUUCGUCAAGAACCGAGCCAAGGAAAUUCUGGAUAAUACGUCGGAAUGCACCUGGAGCCAUUGUCCAGGAGAAACAAACCCUGCGGAUAUGAUUACCCGAGGUGUAUCUUUAGACGCAUUGGCUACCGACGUAGUCUGGUGGCAAGGACCCGCUUGGCUCAGUAAAGACUCAGCAAAAUGGCCAGCUGUGAAGAAGUCACCGCCCCAGAUAAACGACAUGCUAGGCAUAACAGUGACAAAGCCAACGACGCUGUACUCAACAGGCAGCACAGUGCAUUUAGCCCCACUGCUGGAUGCCACGAAGUUCAGCUCACUGCACAAGCUCCUUCGGAUCACAGCAUGGGUGCAGCGUUUUGUGUCCAAGGUUAGGUUCAAGACUAAGGAAGAUGGAGCCAUAUCUGCUGAAGAAAUCUUGGCAGCCGAGAGAUAUUGGAUCCGCCAAGUUCAAACUGAAGCGUUUCCCGACGAGCGGAGGUGGCUAGAAGAAAAACAAGGUUCACCCAGCAACUCAUGGGUAGCACAACUACACCCAUUUAUCGACGAAAGCGGGCUUCUACGCGUCGGCGGAAGACUAGAAAAUCUCAGAGACAGCUGGGACGUGAAGCAUCCAUUCCUGCUUCCAAGUCGACACCGUUUCACCGAGCUGGUAUUUAACGAUGCCCAUCGGCGAGUCAUGCACGGAGGUGUAACGGCGACAGUACACAACGUACGCGAACGCUUCUGGAUCCCGAGAGCGCGACAAGCGGCAAAGAAAGCGAUCAACCGAUGCCUGACAUGCGUGCGUCUUCGCACGAGACCCACUGUGCCGCCGUACCCGCCGCUUCCAGCUUGCCGCGUCGAAAAGACGAAACCUUUCGACACUACAGGAAUUGAUUUCGCCGGACCAUUGUAUGCGAAGUCAUCCGAGAGCUCCGAUUCCAAAAUGUACAUCGUUCUUUUCACGUGUGCAGUGACAAGAGCCUUGCACUUGGAACUGGUCUCGGAUAUGUCGUCACCUGCUUUCAUGUUGGCAUUCCGGCGUUUUAGUGCAAGAAGGGGACUGCCAAGUACCAUUUACUCCGACAAUGCCCUUACCUUCAAGCGGACGUCUCGGGAGCUACAAAAGAUAUUGAAGGUUAUUCGAAAAGACGACUUCCAGGCUUAUAUUGCAAACCAAAGGAUACAGUGGAAGUUCAUAGUCGAAGCGGCCCCAUGGUGGGGAGGCUGGUGGGAACGAUUGGUCGGGACUGUGAAGACGGCACUACGAAAAGUUUUAGGCCGAAGCUGUCUGUGCGCAGAAGAACUAUCAACCAUUUUGACUGAGGUUGAAGCGGUUCUCAAUUCACGGCCGCUAACGUAUUGUCGUGAUCAGGCCAGCGAACCUGCAGCUCUCACGCCAGCGCAUUUCCCAGUCGGCCAGCAACUGACGACGUUACCAGAAGGAAAUACGUUGUCAAAACAAGGAGCAAGCCACGGGGCCAAAGACUACCAGCGCCGUUUCCAACAUCGACAGAAAAUGAUGGAAGACUUCUGGAAGCGAUGGAAACAUGAGUAUUUGCUUCAGCUACCAUCUGCUCAUCGCUCACCCACGCAUCACUCAAGAAACUUAAAGGUCGGCGACAUCGUGAUUGUGGACAUUCCUAACACGCCCAAGUUAUUCUGGCCACUAGCCCGGGUUCAAGAAGUGUACCCAGGAAACGACGGAGUGGUGCGCGCCUGUUUAGUGCGAUUACAGGGAGGCAAAGUAGUCAAGAGGCCAGUGCAGAAGCUACAUAGUCUAGAGCUAGAUGAUACCACAUUUGAGGCCCCGGAGGAUAGGAAAAUGGAGCACUUGUAA